AUGGAUCCAAGCUUAUACCAACAACAACGCCAACAACAGAACCGUGUUCCUUAUCCAUUUACUGGAAACCCUCAAGCAGGAUUAGCUAAUGUGAUGGGUGCUGGUACGUAUCCUCAACAGUACAUGACAAAUAUAACAAACAAUGCAGGAUACAUACAAUCAAAUACUGGCAUCAAUCCCAUGAUGCCCAUUUCUGGUCGCCCGGUAUACCCCGUACCUGUUGCCUCUUUGACAUCCAUGACAACUAAUGGUAUGCCUGCUGCAAAACGAGUGGCUCUUGCACCAACACCGCCAAUGCAAAGCAUAUUUUCAAAUAUUGCACAAACCCCCGGCCAGAAUCAGCUCUACACAGCUGGUGGAGGAUUUCCUAAUCAACAAAUGAUAAGUCCAGGAAGGCCAACAGUUCCUGCCCAGUCAUUUGUAAACACUGAUAAUCAAAAUAUGGAUGGAAAAUCUUCAACAUCAAUGCAUACAAAUGCGUAUGCAGCAUCGAUACAAAGUAUAGAUAAACAUUAUGGACAAUUUCAGCAACAAACGCCAACUAAGGCCAAUGCAAUGGGAAAUAAUUUCAAUAACUUACUGAACCAAACGCAGACUACUCAUCCUCAACAACAAAAUCAAGCAAUAUCAAAUCCCUUCAUGCAAGAUGACGGCCAAACGAAUUGGUUAGAAUUUGAUGAUGAAGAUAUCGUUUAUGAUUUUAGUUAUCCAACGGAAUUCUCUAACUCUUCUAGUGGUAUUGGUGGAAAUAUACAUGGAUGGAAUUCUAAUCCUCUGCAAAACAAUUUGAAUUAUUCAUCACAAAAUUCGUCAAAAUCAUAUUCGUCAAUUAAUCAAAGUAGCCUUCAGAGAUCUCCACAGCAGCAACAGCAUGAUAAUCAAGUACAGCAACAACAGAUGACUGAACGACCACAACAACGACAACAGACGCCACAACAUCAGCAAUCACAAACGAUACAGAUAUCAUCACAAACGCAUCAACAUCAGCAACAGCCAUCCCAUCGAGAGGACGCCGGAUACAGUUUUUCUACCCAUCCUUCUCUUUCGGUGCAAUCUAGCAGCAUUACUCAAAAUUUGUCACCCAAAAGUGUUCAGCACAAUACAAUGAGAAUGCUACCACGUUCCCCUAACCCUGCUAUACCCGAUUCAAAUACUCAAUCCUCUAUAUAUGGUAAUCAGAGUCAAACUGUUAACUCUACCAAUCUAAAUCAAACGCAGGCUACAGCGCAGAUCGGACAAUUUUCUAAAAUUAAUUCUAAAGACCAUUUAGUUUCAAAUACUACAAUUACAGGUUUUCCUCAGUCAUCGACACAGCCUACUAUAUCAACAGAAUUGUCGUCGACAGCUAGCAUUCAUAAUACUGUACUUGAUCCUUAUAAACAGUCACCACAAACAGCAAAUGAUGCUACAUCAUUGACAUCGAUUAAACCUAAUUCUCUAAUUGGUCAUUUAGAUUCUAUGCAACGAAUAACAUCACAAGAAAAUACGAAUGAUUCUUCAAUAUUGCCCACUAUAGAAAACCAGAAUUCAUAUACAUCAAAUAUACAAAUGGCUGUUGAAUCAAGAAAUAGCUCAUCGGCUAGUCCCAAAAAUAUUAAUAAUCUUUCAGAAUCUACGAACUUUUCUAAACACCAUCAAAACUCCCAAACAUCUAACACCGAAUUACUUACUCAAUCGACAAAUAAUAAUAAACAGCACACAUCAAGUCCAAAUGUGGCCGAUGAUAUGUCACAAAAUUUGCGGUUACCGGUCAGUAGUGGAAUAGCUGGACGCAGGGCUGUUACUUCCCGUCAAAUACCACGACAAUCUGAAAAAACACCUGUAGUCACUCAUCCUACACCUACGACAUCAACACAAUCUUCUAAUUCAACUUUGCCAACACAAACGUCAAAACAAGAACCUGUUAAGCCUCAGAAAGUAAAUUAUGCACCGAAAACUCGACGUGUUGAGAGCUAUGGUGGUCUAGAUUUGAGAGUUUUUGAGAAGUUUUCAUUACCUUUAAACAUACCUGGAAUCCAAGAUUUAGGUGCGGUAGAUGUACAUGCACUUACGAUGUCUUUGAAGUGCGGUAUGAAACUUGAAGUCACAAGUGCUCUAAACGCGUUAACAACGCUCUCGUGCUAUAAAAAUUUAAUAAUAGAUCUUAAACAGUGUGGGGACUUAGUGGAUAUUCUGCUAGAUAUGAUAUUAGAAUAUAUAGAUUCUGUAUCUCCAUCGUGUAACGAGGAAACUACGGAAGAAAGUUUGAUAUCACCGCGAAAAUUUAUAACGUAUCAGAAGUUAUAUCAACUAUCUAGACAAGAAUGUGAUGAAUUUGCGGACGUUGCAACGGAUAAUUCAAAUAUAGUAAAUGAAUGGUUGUCAUUACACGAGCAAUGUUGGUGUAUAACUAAUUUGAUAAGGAAUUUUUCAUUCAUGUUCGAGAAUCAGGAAUGCCUAGCAACCCACCCUAAGUUAUUAACCGUGCUUAUGCGUGUCCUGUACAUAGGUGAGGAUGAUGAUUUCCUUCUUGGUAUCAAUGAAAAAGUAAAAGCGGGCAGAAAUAUUAAAGAUAAUCGUAGAAUAAUUCGUAAGAAAGCUUAUGAUAUUCUAGAAUUACGAAAGAGCAUUAUAAUCAUAUUAUCAAAUAUUGCGGCAUAUCUUACUUUACCAUCAAUUUAUGUUGCAAGAGAUCUUUUAGUUGUAAUUGCCGAUUUUUUAGAAAAUACCGAUGAUUAUUACGCUCAAGUUGCGUUGGAAGUUUUUGCAAAGAUUUCUGUUUCAUACGAGAAUCGACAACGGAUUGGUGGUUGUGAUGAAUCUACAUUAACAACAGUCUUAGAACGAUUGGUACGAAUGUUGCCACAGGGUGAGAACAGUAUUGGCUACGCUAUUGGUGGUGGUGUGAUCACGCGUCCAUCGAUGCAAGAGUUGCCAUAUUUGGCAAUGUUGGUAAUGUCAUUCUUUAAUUUUGCAUGUUUGAGUGGGGAAGUAAUGAGGAAAAAAAUGGUUUCCAUUCCAGGAUUUAUAAAUAGAAUGCUUAAAAUGUCGAUAACAUUGGCAAGUGUACGGGAUAAUCGUAUUGGAAAUAAUGAUGAUGAUUGUAUUAUGCUAGCCAGAAGAACUAUGGAAAUGCUUAAAAUAUUGGCAAAAGGGAAUGAAGAAUGUUUUCUUAUAUACACUGAACAAUUAUUGUUCGCAUUAUUAACCCCAUAUAUAGAUCCUAUUGUGGUGAAGGAUCUGGAAACUGUUAUUUAUCCCGGUGAUAUAUGA